AUGACUCCGCCAUCAAAAAGCGACGAUGAUACUCUCGACAAAAACGACGUCGUUGAUGCUUGGAAACCACUCGCGUUGGAAGCGCGCGUGAGACGAGGCGAAGUUCCCGUGCAGGAAAAGUUCAUCCGCGAGCGCGCGAAACGUUCGACGGAAACGACGGAAACAGUUGGGACGACUCCCGAAGACGAAGAAGAAAGAGCAGGAGGAAAAACGUCCGGCGGGUUCCAAAAGCGCACGAAAAAGAUGAACAAAGCGAUGACGAUGAAGAAAGGAAAGAGAAGAAACGAAGGCGGAGAGGACAACGAAGAGGUGCAAAUGUGUUUCCAAUUCCUGAAGAACGCCUCUUGCGCAAAAGGCGAGACGUGUCGAUUUUCGCACGACGCGGACUAUUACAGACUGAAGAUGAAGAAGAAAGACUUACCGGGAUGGUGCCCGUUUGGGAGCGAGAAGUGUCCGUUUGGCCUCGCGUGUCGGUUUUCUGGUUCACACGAGGACGGUUUCGCGCCGGACGAGGAGGACGAGGCGAUUGCGUUGUUUGAGGCGCCGGUGGCGAAUCCGAGGGACGAUACGAACGACGUGACGAACGACGUGAAAUAUGCACUGGCGAGGAGGACGUUUGAUUUUAGCCGCGCGGAUGGUAUUUUGAAGGCUAUGGGGUUACGGACGAGUGAUGAGGUGAGGGGCGGAGGAGAUGACAGUACUAAUAAUCGGAAGGACAACGACGGCAAAAAUCAACAGCAACAAAAAUACAAGAGAAUGAAAACAAGCGAGAACGAGAAGAGAGUCAUAGCUGAAAACGCGGACGAGUAUUCCGACGACGACGACGACGGCAACAACAACAACAACAACAACGUUACUUCUGAACCAGCUUUUGAUAAAGAAGACGAAAACAAAACGGCAUCCGUCGAUCAACUGCUCAAGCCGAAAGAGAAGAAGACGAUUGAUUUCAAGAACAAGUUAUACCUGGCACCGUUAACGACGGUCGGCAAUUUACCGUUUCGGCGAUUGUGUAAAACGCUUGGUGCGGACAUCACGUGCGGCGAGAUGGCUUUAGCCACGAGCUUACUCAAAGGCGACGCCAGAGAGUGGGCGUUGGUGCGCCGACAUAAAUCUGAGGACAUAUUCGGCGUCCAAAUUUGCGGUGGCCAUUCCGAUUCUUUGGGGAGAUGCGUCCAAGCGUUAGACGACACCAUCGAGUGCGAUUUCAUUGACAUUAACAUGGGAUGCCCUAUUGAUUUAAUAUGUAACAAAGGCGCGGGGUCGAUGUUGCUCGAGAAACCAAAGCGCAUGGAAGAACUCGUUCGAAGCUCGAAUUUGAUUUGCUCCGUGCCGUUGACGUUUAAAACGAGAAUGGGGUAUAAAGACACGUCGAGGGUUGCGCACACGUUUGUACCAAGAAUCAAAGAGUGGGGGGCAUCUGCGUGUGGGCAUAUGCCGAUACAACUCGCAGGAGCUAACGAAAGCUCCGG